UCUACAAUAAUUGAUUCAGUAAUCUAAAACAUAGUUUCUCGUACGUCUUGCUCACAGUUAAAUUCUUGUUUCAUAAAAAUGAUUUUAAAAUCGUUUGUUUUAUUGAUUAGUAUCAAUAUUAGCUCAUUUGUCGUGCCAGACGAAGAGAGACUGUUGGGCUGUUAUUAUUACAGAUAUAUGCUGUACGCUUUCACCAUGCAUGAAAUCAAUAUUGGCGAUACUCUAAAAAAUAAAGAAUAUGUUUCUGUUGAACAAUUAGAGAUGAAAAUAGAAUGGCAUGAAGACGAACUACGAACUCAAGGUGCCAUCGUCAUAGCUAUGCUCGAAGAACUGGUAGUGAGAAAUCCGUCUGCUGACAUGUACGAUUUAAUGAAAUUGAACUUAUACUUGAAUAACGUUUUCGGGAGUCCAAUGAUAAGAACCACUCAUGUCGAUUUUAGUCUAGGCAGUGAAAUUUCUGUACGUUUAACAAGCGAUAGUAAUGAAUUCAUAGUUGCCGUAAACGAGGUAUUCCAAAAGUUUCUCGAGUACGUCUUCAACGACUUAAGACAACACGUCGAGACCAAGUGCAAAAAGACAAAUCCCAUAAUCGGCGAUGCCUUUAUAGGCUGCCCCGAAAUAUACGGCGAUUUAAACGAUUUGUUACCGGAGACUUUUGACGUCGCUAAGCAUAAUAUAGAUAACGAGGAAUUAUUCUUAGAAGCUAUGCUAACGUUUAACGUGAAUACCAUGACUUUGAGUGAGAUAUUGAAUGCAACGCCUGAUAAACAAGACUGUUCGAUGUUCAGCCCCAGAAAAAUGUUAUUCCACGAAAUUCUAAACCGUCAGACGUAUAAGAAGGGCAAAUUGCUUCCGAAGACAGCAGCUGAACUGGAUACCAGUUUGGAUCCAUUGCGAAACGUCAUCGUCAAUGGACGGCUGCUGGACGGCCGCAAGGUAAAUAUAACGACACUAUACGAAAUGAUCAGACGUAGCUAUGAACCGAGUCAUAUCAAUCACUUUCAACGACAAGUAUUGGCGGCAACGGUCUACCCGGUACUCCACAGCAUCGGUUCGUACCUGUUGUUAAUCAAACAUAUGUAUUCUACCGGCAACGAAAAAUUCGGUGACGUGAACACGAGGGCUUGGGAAUACGGGGAAACUAUUGACAACAUUGGUAACUCAAUUUGGAAUGCGCUGAACGAUUUCGUAGCCUUACAGUUGCUUCCGGAAAAAGUGCAAGAGUAUUUAGUCAACAUUGCGGCCAAGUUAAAUAACUUGAAUAAAUUCAAAGACAAGACAAUUGUGUCAAUGGAAAAUGCCAGUUGGAUCGAAACGCUUUACACCCGUUGUUCGGUUCCCAUGCAGAACAAUUUGUUGGUAUUCGACGAUUACGAUGCGGCACUCGUGGACAUCCGCACUCAAGACAAGUGUGACAAAAUUGUUGACGACCUAAAAGGACAAAUCAAAGAGCUCAUCGUUUACAUACAUGCUCUGGAAAAAUACAAGCAAGAUUUUUUCAAUGUCAGCAAGAAGAACCCGGUCUUCUUACACGGGAGAAUGUUUGAUCGUAAAUUGGUUUUCGACAUUGUAUUCCAUUACAAAAACGCUUUUCACCAACUUUUGAAACACAUUUCAAUGGUUAAAGCACAAAACAGCCACGAACGUUUGCUGUACAACUAAAUUUUAUUCAACUCUAUAAUAUUUCUAUCGAUAAUUUUAGUAUGAUAAUUAUUUCAACAACAUAAAGCUGGUAUAAGUCCCAUGUUUAUUGAUUU